AUGAAGGACAAGGAAAGCUAUGACGUUGUGAUUAUUGGAGCAGGCUGGUACGGUCUUAUUGCAGCCACGACGUAUCUUCGGCUUGCCCCAGAGACGAACUUACUCAUCGUCGACAAUGGCAACUCCAUUGGCGGUGUAUGGAGCAAAGAAAGGAUUUAUCCCAAUCUCUUUGCUCAAGUAGGGCAUGGUCUGUUUGAGUACUCCUUCUACCCUAUGAAGAAAAAAGGUCUCACACCAGAUCGUUAUAUCUCUGGAAAUACGAUUCAUGAGUACUUAAAUUCCUUCGCCCAAGACUAUGAUUUGAUGCGUCGAAUUCGUCUCAAUACUACUGUGGAAAAUGUCGAAAAGAUGGCCGGUGGAGGUUGGCGACUUGAUAUUUUAAAAGAAAAACCUCUCUGGGCGACCAAACUCAUUGUUGCCAGCGGGGUCUCUUCAAAACCGUAUAUUCCUACCUGGCCCAUGGAAGGCUUUACAAAGCCCAUAAUUCACUCUGCCCAAAUCGGCACAUCACUAGAUGCGCUUCAUGACCCGUCUGUCAAGCAAGUGACGGUUCUAGGUGCUGCUAAAUCCGCAUACGAUACCGUUUUCUUGUUGCUGAAGGCAGGAAAACAAGUUGACUGGAUAAUCCGGGACAAAGGUUCUGGCCCCCUUGCAAUCAUGCCACCUCGCCUAUUCGGCAUUUUCAACACAGUCGACGUUAUGGGUACUCGAGCUCUUGCUGCUUUCAGUCCGGCCAUUUUAAACACUAGAGGUGCUUGGUAUCAACUUCUUCACAAGAACUUUCUUGGUAGGUUCGUCACGAUGAAGUUCUGGAGUAUCGUAACGAUGGCAGCCGAAUACCAAGCUGGCUAUUAUAAGAGCCCUAAUGCAGAGAAAUUACGGCCCAUACCAAAAGGUUACGGAGUUUUCUGGGCGAACUCGGGUCUCGGAUUAGCUAGUGUUCCCGAUUUUUGGAAGACGUUUCACGCUGGCGGGGCUACAGUGCACCGAACUGAAAUCAAAUCCUAUUCAGAUGGAAAUAAAGUGAAUUUGGUCAACGGAACAUCACUUCCGACUGAUUAUGUGAUUUUGUGUACUGGGUGGACUGAUGCUCUGGAACCUUUCAAACAAGACCUUCGUGCUCAGUUUGAUCUACCAUCCAAUGAAGACUUCAAAUCCAAAUGGCAAAAGCUUGAUAUUCAAGCCGAGGAGAUCGUUGAAAAGGCCCUUCCGCUUCUUAUUAACACGCCAGAUACUUUCGUUCCAUCUGCCUCUCAGAGGCGACCCUGGAGAUUGUAUCGCAGGUUAGUCUCUUCUCGCAUGGCUGCAGAAGGCGAUCGGUCGAUUUUCUUCCCUGGUCAAAUACAUUCAGUAUACACGCCGCUUGUGGCUGAGAUGCAAGCACUCUGGGGGGUUUCUUUUCUACUAGGCCAACUAGAGCUCCCUAGUCAAGAGGAGAUGGAGGAAGAGAUUGCUGUAUGGAAUGCAUGGACUCGAAAGCGCUAUUUGGAGCAAGGAAGGAAGCAUGCAUACUCCAUCUAUGACUACCUUGCAUAUGUUGAUACAUUAGCCCGCGAUCUUGGUAUCAAUACGAACCGCAAGUGUAAUCCAAUCGCUGAAAUGUUUUCGACAUAUGUCCCCAGUGAUUAUAAUGGGCUCAUUGACGAAUACCUUUACGUAUUGGAAAAGAACAAGGCCAAUAAAUUCAAAGAUGAGGUGAAAACAAACGAUCAUGCAAAUGGCAAGGCAAAUGGCGAGGCAAAUAGUCACAUAAAUGGGUACUAUUGA